AUGUAUCAUCUACUGCUGCUCCUUUUGUUGGGAACCAUCUAUGCCCAGAAAUCAGAUGAUCGCUCUCAAGAUGACUCGAUGCCUCAAGAUGAAAUAGAUGAUCCAAAUGGCCAACAGAAUUACUGUGACAUGCCUGAUACCCUGGAGACAUUCGAUUUUAAUGACUGCCAGUUGGGGAAAUCCCACAAUGUCUCUGUAGAAGUAAAUAAAAAGUUUGGUGACGUUUGUCCAGACAAAAGUACCUGUCAUUAUCAAGCUUUCAACAGCCCCACAUCCUUUGCGUGGGCUCAGCAUUCCUGCAAGUGCCGCAGAGGGUGUCUGAGUUCAGUUUAUAAUGCAGGAGCCAAUAACCAGAUUAGAUGUCUUGCUAAGAGAGCAUGUUCCAACCAGUAUUAUGUAUGGAUCGGUGUGUGGAAACCCGCCAAUUCUUGUGCCUAUAUAAAUGCUAGUGGAACCAGACUGUGCUACACUAACUUUGCUUGGGGACAGUAUCGAACUCAUGGAACAUGGUGCGUGGCCAUGAAUUUGUCAAAUGGUCGCUGUGGUAUACUUUCAACUGUUGCACUUCACUGGCCUUUGUCUGUACCAUCU